UGACUGAAGGGUUUCUCUGCCUGGUGUGGCAUUCACAUCCUAACGCUCAUGUGGUAACAUCCAGCAUCGCUUGGCUUCCCCAGCACACUGGCCUGAUUCCAGGGAUUUGAAGUAGACAGGACAGACAGACAGAGAGACAAAGUGCAUAUAUGCCGGAGAGAGAUAAGUUAGUUCAGAAGUAGGAGGGAAAAAGAACAGAAAAGAAAAGAAAGGGAGAAGCAGGUGAGAAAGGAAAAAGUUGAAAGAGGUGUCUAGAAGAACCAGUGGUGAAGAAAGGUUGAUUAGCUGACUGUACACUACAAAUCCACUGACAUGGCAGCCAUGGAAGCACUGGAAUCCACAAGUGCCCAGUUGGAGCCUCAAACCCUCACCGAGAUCUCAGACGAUGAGGUCAACCUCCCACCUUCAGACGACGAGGACGAUGCCCUUGCCGCAGCUAAGAAGGAAAUGUCCACCAUAGGUACAGAGGGGGACGCCGCCGAAGACAAGGAUGAGGCAGCAAAGGUGGACCAACAGGUGAAUGGGGUCAUGGUGCUGUCAUUGCUUGACAAGAUCAUUGGGGCAGUGGACCAGAUCCAGCAGACCCAGAGCGGGCUGGAGUCCAGACAGCAGGAGAUGGAGCGUUCGGUGACCACCAUUCAGGGCGAGCUGACCAAACUGGCCAAGAGCCACAGCACGACGUCCAACAGCGUCAAUAAGAUGAUGGAGAAGGUGCGGAAGGUGAGCGUCAAUGUCAAGACGGUGCGGGCCAACCUGGAGAAGCAAGGAGGCCAGAUCAAGAAGCUGGAGAACAAUGAGGCUGAGCUGCUCAAGAGACGCAACUUCAAAGUUAUGAUCUACCAGGAUGAAGUGAAGGUUCCAUCAAAACUGAGUGUCUCCAAAUCCAUGAAGGUUUCUGAGUCUGUGACAGGAAGCAGAGGGGGCAGCCUGCUGGAGCUCAAGGAAGUUGUGGAAGGCGAGGAGGGAGGAGAAGGAGAGAAGGAAGACAAACCCCAUGUCGACCUCUCGUCAGAUGAGGAGGGGGUGGAGAUUGAGGAGACCAUUGAGGAGUCCCGUGCUGAGCGCAUCAAGCGCAGCAGCCUGCAACGUGUACAAAACCUGAAGACGGUCUUCUCAAAGGAGAAGAUGGAUAAGACCAGAGCAAAGACCAAAGAGAACCUGGAAAAGACCAAGCAGAAGACAAAAGAGAACCUGGAGAAGACCAAGCAGAAGACAAAAGAGAACCUGGAGAAGACCAAGCAGAAAACCAGGGAUAACAUAGAGAAGACCAAGCAGAAGACCAAGGAGAACCUGGAGAGGACACGUCACAACAUUGAGAAGAAGAUGGGAAAGCUUGGAAACAAGAUGACUGUUACUGCUGAACGCAGGCAGAAGAUGCAGACAUCCCGUGACAAGGUGAAGAAGGCCUUCACACCAGACCAUGUCGUUUACGCGCGGUCCAAGACUGCUGUGUACAAGGUGCCCCCCUUCACCUUCCAUGUCAAGAAAAUACGUGAGGGCGCCGUUGAGGUGGUCCAAGGCACUGAGAUGGUGGAGGUGUCCCAGGAAGCUGAACCCUUCAGUGGGGUAGAUGGAGAGGUUGAGGAGGGCGCAGUGGAGGUUGAGAUGGAGAUGAUGAAUGGAGGAGGGGAUGAGGAAGAGGCUGAGGAGGAUGAAGAGGACAGCCAAGAUGCUCUGCAUGAGAAUGAAGACAGAGAUAGAGACAGCGACUAGAUAAAGAAUAAGAAAUUUGCCAAGAUCCUAACAAAAUCCCUGAGGUUCUUUUGUAAAAACAGAAUUAAUUAUGGGGAUUCAGAAGAUUGCUUAAGAAGAGUUAUGGUUGAUUACAACUUGGGUCUUUUUUUCAUAUAAUUUUAGCCAUUAUUCACAUCAGUUAUGAUAACAUAGUACCCACAAGUUAUUGUUGAGAUCUGGGAACAUUAUGACUUUGCUAAAAGUUUGAUGGGUCAGUCAGAUGAUCAGACAGGUGGUUAACAAGAUAACAUUUUGUCCAGAUUAUCUCAAUCACUUUAUUUGUAGGGAAAAUUUAAAGGGCACACCCAAAAUGUCAGUAAUAAUCCUUCAUCAAACAGGAAAACUGUGUACAAGCACAAUUAUAUUUAGUAUUGUACAUUAACCAGGAGGUUGGUAAUGUUCACAUUUAUUUUCCCUUCUAAGGUUUCACACACCUAUAGGUUUGUUUCCAUCCUGUCUGAAUUUCGGACUGUUCCUGUCUUUGAUUUGUUAGUCUCCUUUCCAGCGAGGUCGACCAUGGCUGGAUUAGCAACUGGGCAGAGCAGGCAACAACCCCAGAUCAACACAGAUGUGAAUCAACUAAUCUGACAUGAUGAGGGCCUGCUUUAUUACCUAAUCAUUAGGCCCUGUCAUGAAGAGGGUCCCUGUGUAAAAAAAAUUCAUUUCAAGACCAUUAUAUAAAGCUGCACUAGAAUACUGUGAAAGCUGUACCUCGUUGUGAUAAACCCACCGAGAUUUAUCAGCUGGCACUGAUUUUCACCAUGGAUCUAUGCAGAGUUUUUGCAGCUCACGGUUUUGGCGUUUUGGCCGACUACUUUGCUGUUUUAGUUCACUCUCACCACUCUCAUCAACUUUGUUUCUCUCAUCAAAUGCUCUGCAAACCCACUGUAUGCUACCUACUCAGCAGCAAACGGCAGACACAGUUAGAAGCUUGGAGAAAAUAUAAUAUUUAGCAGCUAAAAGCCAGGUAUUAUUCUGAGGAGUUGGUGGAGACCAAAACCAGAAAUGAAAUAGAGUGACUAUUGGACUUACACUUGCCAGGUGGACAUGAACACCACUCCUAAUGAAUGCUAAUGUCUCUUUGUGUCUGCAAAAUGUGUCAGAAGACCCAUGCCAUAUCAUAGGAUGAUUCUGAUCUUAGGUUUCACUUCCUCCAUGGUUAGCUCCUCAACUGUGGUUGACAACUAUGGAAUUCUGCACUCAUGUACUCAUGUAAUCAUAUUUAACAAGCAAAAUCCUUUCAGAAGGAGGUCCCUGAAAUGAGAUCUCAUCAAAUGAUGGUCUGUGACCUAGUGUCAAUUUAGGGGUUCUUGACACAAAAAAUGUUGAGAACCACUGGGUUAUGGCAUUCCAGAAUCUUAGCAGUUAACUUUGUCAAGACAGUGUUAUAUUACCAACAGGAAUGAUGGCCAAAACUACAAAAAAGGACCCAAGUUGUAAAAUAAAAUAUCCAAAUUAUCAUUUAACAACUUAGGUUUCACUAUGACAACAGAUCAUAUGUUUAAAAAAGAAAAAAGAGCUUAGUUUAAAGAGCUUAAGGAAAAUCUUACCAUGUUUGCAAAAGCACUUCAAGGGUUGUCCAUUUGUGUUUGUUUGGACAGUGUAUGUGAUAAUCAAAUUUAAAAGGAGAAGUUGAAAAUGGGAAGAGAAAAAUCAAGAAUAACUUUGCUGCUGGCUGGGAAAGGAAGGCAGGGUGAUCGCAGAACUGACAUGAUCAUGAAACCAAGGGGACACCAUCGCUCCCGUUGUAAGAAAGUGUUAUUUUUCAGCAUUUCCUCUCCUGUUUCAUUUUUAAAAUCAAACCCCCCACCUCUCACAGCUAGUGGGAUGAGCAUAUGGAAAUGAAUCAUUUCAUGCUCACUGAAUUUCAGCAGUAUUUGUUGAACAUAAAGAAAAUGAUCUCAUGGACUGUUGAGUAACAGAUGGCCAAAUUAUUCAUAAACAGAGUACAUAAUCGUGCUUAAAAAGCUUAAAUUCCUUGUGUAUUACAUACCACACACGCAAAACUAUUCCUUCCACCCCAUGUGUUGUUCAGCUGAUUAAAUUUUGGCGUUAUCUUACUCUGCUUAAUUUACUCAUUAUUUAGUGAUUCUGUUGUCAUGUCUAGGUUUGAUGAGCUCACAGUUAUGUAUGUGUGUAUAAUUUUGUAUAUGAUCACAAUUUACACCUGGCUGAUGUCAUCUCCUUUUCAUUAUCGACAGACUGUAGCCUAAUAGUUGUAGUUUUACCACUCCUUAUUGAAUGCAAUACUCUUAUGCAACAUUUCACUGCCAAAGAAUAACCAGUACCCAUGAAAAUGAAGGUCUGCACAACAUCAGGCAGAGACAGCUCCUCCAUAGGUCCAUUACAUUUCACUCACCGAUGGUAUUCACUGUAGUUUCUCAUGAGAAUUUUCUUGUUUAAAAGUGUUAUGUGCUAUUAUGAGAUGUGUUUCAUAUAUAAACUAAGAUAAGGACCAAUACUUUCAGCGAGGCUCCCAGACCUCUGGUAGAACCAGUUUAGACUCUUAUCAACACUGUGUACUCGCGGGACCUGUCUAUUCACAGGACUAAGUUUGCAAACAAGUGUGUAUGUGUGUGUGUCACUGCUGUGGUCUGACACUGACCCCUAGUGUCCAGUCUGCUCACUAUAAUUUCCUCUGCUCCAGAUUAAAGGUGCAUUUUACCAGAUAUCCAAGUGUUCUCUUGACAAAUGACCAUUUCAUUCAGAUAUUUCCACACAGGUUCCCUCAACUGUCCACAUUUACUUUUUGAGAUAUGAUUUAGAAGUAUGUUCUAUAUGUUUACUACUACUGGUGGUAUGUUAUGAGUGCCAUUAAAGAAUUAAUUCAAGAUUUAAUUACUUAAUUUUCUAACAUAUUCAAGAUAAAUUUCCAACCACCUAUGCACUAACCCUGGUCAGGAUAGCAAGGGUUAGAACUUAUCCCAGCAUACUUUGGUGUGAAGGGGCGUUCAGUCUGGACAGGUCAGCAGUCUAUCAAAGGGCUAACACAGAGACAGACACAAGAUGCAUUUAUGAAUCCAAAGUAAGAGGAGAUAGAGCUUUAUAUAUCUGUUGCCAAAGUUCACCACAUUGCCACAGUAUCUGUACUGUCAGCGUUUCGUUUCUAGCUCCGACACAUCACAGCUUUUUUUGUGUUUUUUUGUAUAUAAUGUGAAUCACUGCCAAUGCAGAUCAAAAUGCAUUUUGAUUUUAUUUACCAGAGAGCCUCCUGCCUUGUGCUGCCUACACUUCUUUUGCAUUUAGAACAGCUUCUCAGGCCAAAUCAUUUUGAUGUUUGCACAGAUUUCACAGUGCAACAAACGACAUCAGCACUCGUACAUGUAAGCAAAGACAAAAUAUUCUAGCUUUUUGAUACAAAUGUGGUUGAGAAUUCUUUCUGUGGUUGAAUGCUCAGCCCCACAAAGUGGAUUAACAAUGCCAUGUCUGUCAGAGCAGUAACAACAUGCAGCUGUGCUAAGCCUAUGUCAAUGGAACAUAAAAUGUAGUUAACUGUUUCCUUGCUUUUGUUUUGUUGGUAACUGAUUCCUGUAUAAUGUUUCAUCGCUUAACCACUAAUGAUUUAAUUAAUAAAAGCUAUCUGGUUCA